AUGUCGACCUACGAAGUCGAACACAACACCACCGAUCCCUCAACAGCCCAAACCGCCCCCCGCCGCCGACGUCCAGACCUCUCCACCUUCUUCUCAACCCUCUCCGAAAUCAGCCCCGAUGAAGGCCGAACGCGCCCUCACGCCGUCCCCGUGCCCGGCGACGUCAGCGCGGCUUUUUACUCGCUCGCAGAGGCAUUGGAUAUGAUGCGCCGGGAUGGUGGAGGUGUUGAUGUCGGCACUGGUGGAGUCGAGGGCGCGGGCGACAGCGAGGAUUUGUUGACGCAGAUGAUUCAGACUUUGUUGAGGGAUGCGGAUAUGCCGCCUAGAGAGGUGGAGGGUGUUAGUGAGGAGUUUUGUGAUGUCCUCGACCGUGUCCCUCGUUCCUCGUUGAAGCCCGACCAAAGCUGUCCGAUUUGCAAUAACCCUUUUUUGGAGGAUGAGUACCCGCUCGUCGUUCAGUUGCCUUGUCACCCUACUCAUCUGUUUGAUCUCGAGUGUGUUCGUCCCUGGCUUCGUCUGAGGGGCAACUGUCCCCUUGACCGGACGGACUUUGCCAAACAAGAACGAGAAAAGGCAGAAGCCAGAAAGAAGAAGCCGGUUGAGGACGAUGAGGAGGAGUGGGAUGUCUUAAUGAAAAUAUGA